AUGGUCUCCUUGCCUCCAGAAUGCCUACUGUGUACCUUGUUCCUCUCGUUCUCGGCUCGGAGCACAUCUCUCCUGCCUUUGCAUUGCCCCACAGGUGUGUUCUUCACUUUUCAUACCUUCCAUUUGGAAAGCGGCCAUGAUUACUUGCUGAUCACGGAAAACGGUAGCUUCAACCAGCCACUAAAGCAGCUCACCGGCUCCCGCCUGCCUGCCCCUUUCAGCGCUGGCCUCUUUGGGAACUUCUCUGCUCAAAUCCGUUUUAUCUCAGACUUCUCAAUUUCUUAUGAAGGAUUUAACAUCACCUUUUCAGAGUAUGACUUAGAACCUUGUGAUGAGCCCGAGGCUCCAGCCUACAGCAUCCGCAAGGGCCUCCAGUUUGGCGUGGGGGACGUCCUUACCUUCUCCUGCUUCCCUGGUUACCGGCUGGAGGGUGUCUCACGUAUUACCUGCCUGGGCGGUCGACGGCGUGUGUGGAGUUCCCCUCUGCCAAGGUGUGUUGCAGAAUGUGGGUCUUCUGUAACUGGCACUCAAGGGGUUCUGUUGUCCCCAAACUACCCCCUCAACUACAACAACCACCAUGAAUGUAUAUACUCCAUCCAGACGCAGCCAGGAAAAGGAAUCCAGCUGAAAGCCCGGUCUUUCAACCUGGAGGCCAAGGACAUCCUCAAGAUCUACGAUGGCAACAAUAACUCUGCCCGCUUGCUGGGUUCCUUCACCCGUGGGGAGAUGUUGGACCUCAGCAUCAACAGCACUUCCAGCACCAUGUGGCUCGAAUUCAUCUCAGAUGGCAACAGCACAAGUCAAGGCUUCGAACUACAGUUUUCUAGUUUUGAAUUGAUCAAGUGUGAGGAUCCUGGCAUCCCACAGUUUGGGUACAAAGUCCAUGACGAGGGCCACUUUUCAGGGAGCUCAGUUUCUUUUAACUGUGACCCUGGCUACACGCUUCGAGGGAGCCGCGUACUGGUCUGCUUGACGGGGGAACGGCGUGCCUGGGAUCAGCCGCUACCCAUCUGCGUAGCUGAAUGUGGGGGCACUAUCAAAGGCGAGUCUUCAGGACGGAUCUUGUCUCCAGGCUACCCAACGCCAUACGAUCACAACCUCAACUGCGUUUGGACAAUUGAGGCAGAAGCUGGAUGCACGAUAGGGUUCCAUUUCAUGGUUUUCCACACAGAGGAAUUCCAUGAUGUUUUGAGGAUCUGGGAUGGGCCAGUGGAGAAAGGGAUCCUCCUAAAGGAAGCGAGCGGCUCCGUCUUGCCCAGUGAUGUCCGCAGCACAUUCAACUCUGUGGUCCUCCAGUUCAGCACCGACUUUUUCACCAGCAAACAGGGCUUUGCCAUUCAGUUUUCAGUGUCCACUGCCACCUCCUGCAAUGACCCUGGAGUUCCACAGAACGGGAGCCGUAGCGGAGACAGCAAAGAAGCAGGUGACUCCAUCGUCUUCCAGUGUGACCCCGGAUAUGCUCUGCAAGGGGAUGCCAAGAUCAGCUGUGUGCAGAUUGAGAACAGAUUUUUCUGGCAACCUGACCCCCCCACCUGUAUAGCUCCUUGUGGGGGGAUCCUGACAGGGCCAUCAGGGGUGAUCCUGUCACCAAAUUACCCAGAGCCGUAUCCCCCAGGAAAGGAGUGUGACUGGAAGCUGGCUGUGUCUCCCGAUUAUGUCAUUGCUUUGGUAUUCCACACCUUCAAUUUGGAGCCAGGUUAUGAUUUUUUGCACAUCUAUGAUGGACCGGAUUCACUCAGCCCCCUAAUAGGGAGUUUCUAUGACACCCAGUUGCCAGAGAGAAUCGAAAGCAGCAGCAGCAGCCUCUUCCUGGCCUUCCGGAGCGAUGCCUCUGUCAGCAACACAGGAUUCGUAAUCCAUUACACAGAAAAUCCGAGAGAAUCCUGCUUUGACCCUGGCUUGAUUAAGAAUGGCACCAGGGCUGGAGGAGAGCUGAAGCUGGGCUCAACUAUCACAUACUACUGUGACAGUGGCUACUUGAUCGAGGGGGCGUCCACCCUGACGUGCAUCAUGGGAGGAGACGGGAAACCUGUGUGGAACAAACCACGGCCUACUUGUAUAGCACCCUGUGGUGGCCAGUACACGGGUUCGGAUGGCAUCGUCCUGUCUCCAAACUAUCCCCGGAAUUACACCAGCGGACAAGUGUGCCUGUAUUUCAUCGUGGUUCCCAAGGACUACGUGGUCUUUGGCCAGUUUGCCUUCUUCCAGACGGCUCUACAUGAUAUCAUUGAAGUGCACGAUGGCCCCAAUCAGCAUUCCCGACUCCUCAGCUCUCUCUCUGGUUCUCAUACAGGGGAAUCGUUGCCUCUGGCCACCACAAACCAAAUCCUGAUCAAGUUCACCGCCAAAGGCCAAGCUACCGCCAAAGGUUUCCAUUUUGUCUACCAAGCGGUUCCUCAAACCAGCGCCACGCAGUGCAGCUCCGUGCCAGAGCCCCGUUAUGGGAGGAGGAUCGGCAACGAUUUCUCAGUGGGGGCUGUGAUCCGGUUUGAGUGCAGUGCUGGUUAUGCCCUCCAAGGGUCCCGCAGCAUCGAGUGCCUGACCAUGCCUGGAGCCCUUGCCCAGUGGAACUCUUCCGUGCCUACCUGUGUUGUGCCCUGUGGUGGAAAUUUAACUGAGCGGAAAGGGACCAUCUUGUCCCCUGGAUUCCCUGAACCCUACUUAAACAGCCUCAACUGUGUGUGGAAAAUAACUGUCCCUGAAGGAGCCGGAAUACAGAUUCAGGUGAUCAGUUUCGUCACAGAACAGAACUGGGAUUCUUUAGAACUAUUUGACGGUGGGGAUAACACAGCCACCAUGCUGGGCAGCUUCUCUGGAACAACUGUCCCUGCACUGCUCAACAGCACCUCCAACCAGCUGUAUUUGCACUUCUACUCUGACAUCAGCGUCUCUGCUGCGGGAUUUCACCUGGAGUACAAAACCGUUGGAUUGUCCAGCUGCCCAGAACCCACCGUCCCCAGCAAUGGCUUGAAGAUCGGGGAGCGAUACUUGGUGAACGAUGUGGUCUCCUUUCAAUGUGAACCAGGUUAUGCGCUCCAGGGACAUUCUCACAUUUCCUGCAUGCCAGGGACUGUCCGGCGCUGGAACUAUCCUCCUCCGCUCUGUAUUGCUCAAUGUGGUGGGACAAUGGAAGAGAUGGAAGGGGUAAUCCUGAGCCCUGGCUUCCCGGGAAAUUACCCUAGCAACAGUGACUGCACGUGGCGGAUAUCCCUUCCGGUGGGGUUUGGUGCUCACAUCCAAUUCUUGAACUUUUCCAUGGAGCCCAAUCAUGACUUUGUGGAAAUCCGCAACGGGCCCUAUGACACCAGCAUCGUUAUCAGCAGGUUCAGUGGGACAGAACUCCCAGGUUCCCUUCUCUCCACGUCACACGAAACCACGGUCUAUUUCCACAGUGACCACUCACAGAACAAGCCUGGCUUUAAGGUAGAAUACCAAGCCUAUGAACUCCAAGAGUGCCCUGACCCUGAACCCUUUGCCAAUGGGAUUGUGCGAGGAGCUGGUUACAGCGUGGGCCAGUCCAUCUCCUUUGAGUGUCUUCCUGGCUAUCAGCUGAUUGGUGAUCCAGUCUUGACCUGUCAACAUGGAACAAAUAGAAACUGGGACCAUCCCUUGCCCAGGUGUGAAGUCCCCUGCGGAGGAAACAUCACUGUACACAAUGGCACCAUCUACUCCCCCGGCUUUCCCAAUCAGUACCCCAAUUCCCAGGAGUGCUUGUGGCUGCUCACGGUGUCGGUCGGGUAUGGCAUUUUCCUCAACUUCACUCUGCUGCAAACAGAGCCAUACAAUGAUUUCAUCACUGUCUGGGAUGGGCCUCAGCAAACAGCCCCACAGCUGGGUGUUUUUACAGGGACUUCAGCAAAGAAAGCCACCCAGAGCUCUUCCAAUCAGGUCCUCCUGAAAUUCUACAGCGAUGCAGCCAACGGAGGGGUCUUUGCCAUCCAUUUCUAUGCUUAUCAGCUUUCAAGAUGUCAGCCUCCAACCAUGGUCCCCAAUGCCGAAAUUAUCACCGAAAAUGAGGACUUCAACAUAGGUGACAUCAUUCGGUACCGAUGUCUUCCUGGCUUCAUCCUGGAUGGAAACGAAAUCCUGACAUGCAGGCUCAGUACCCACCUCCAGUUUGAAGGGCCUCCUCCAACGUGCGAAGCCCAGUGCCCAAUGAACAAGGUCCUGACAGACUCCUGGGGGGUGAUCCUGAGCCCAGCUGCCACAGGCAGCUACCCCCACUUCCAGACUUGCUCUUGGGUGAUCAGAGUGGAGCCUGACUAUAACAUCUCCCUCACCGUUGACUAUUUCUUGAGCGAGAAGCAGUACGAUGAGUUUGGGAUCUUCGAUGGUCCUUCGGGCCACAGUCCACUGCUGUUGUCCCUGAGUGGAAACUAUUCAGCCCCUCUCACUGCAACCAGCACUGGGAAUAGAGUCUACCUCCAUUGGUCCUCUGACCAUGCCUACAGCCAAAAGGGCUUCCGGAUUCGCUACUCAGCCCCCUACUGCAGCCUCCCUCCACCUCCUUUCCAUGGCUCCAUCCUUAGCCACACUGGCCUGCAGCCAGGAAGCACCAUCCGGUUCAGUUGCGACCCUGGAUACCGUCUCAUCGGCCACAGCAUCACCACCUGUGUGAGACACCCUCAACGUUACUACCACUGGAAUGAAGCCAUCCCGCUGUGCCAAGCUGUCUCCUGUGGAGUUCCCCAAGCUCCCAAAAAUGGCAUUGUCUUUGGAAAGGAGUACACGGUGGGCACCAAGGCUUUUUACCAGUGUAACCAGGGCUUCCAGCUUCCAGCUCUGGAAGAUUCCAGUGUGGAGUGCUUGCCGAAUGGGCAGUGGAGUAACGGAAACAGCCCUCUCCCAUGUGUGGCUGUCGGCUGCCCUGACGUCAGUAGCAUUGCAGUGGAGCACGGCAGAUGGAGACUGAUCUACGAGACGCAGUACCAGUACAAUGCCCAGCUCAUGUUGAUCUGCGACCCUGGCUACUAUUACUUGGGACACCGUGUCAUCCAGUGCCAGGCCAAUGGGAAGUGGAGCAUAGGAGAGCCCAUGCCAACCUGCAGAAUCAUCUCCUGUGGAGACUUGCCUGUUCCACCCAAUGGAAACAAGAUUGGGACCUUGACGGUUUAUGGGGCUACCGCCAUCUUCUCAUGCAAUACUGGCUACACGUUGGUGGGGUCGCGUGUGCGGGAGUGCAUGGCCAACGGUCUCUGGAGUGGACUGGAAGUGAGAUGCCUAGCGGGUCACUGUGGUGAGCCAGGCCCCAUUGUCAAUGGACAGAUCAAUGGUGAGAACUUCAGCUACCGGGGUAGUGUGGUCUACCAGUGUAAUCCAGGCUUCCGACUCAUCGGGAUGUCCGUCCGGAUCUGCCAGCAAGACCACCAUUGGUCUGGAAAGACUCCUGUCUGUGUGCCCAUAACCUGUGGCCAUCCAGGCAACCCGGUGAAUGGCCUGACACAGGGCAACCAGUUCAACCUGAAUGACAUGGCCAAGUUUGUAUGCAACACUGGGUACCACCUGGAAGGGGCAUCCAAGUCCCAGUGCCUGGCAAAUGGCCAGUGGAGCAAUGCCUUGCCCAUCUGUCGCAUUGUAAACUGUACUGACCCUGGGCACCUGGAAAACAGCAUCCGACAAGUACAGCCAAGCGGGCCUCACAGAUACAGCUUUGGAACAACAGUCUCUUAUCUGUGCAACCAUGGAUAUUACUUACUGGGUACCCAUGUCCUUACCUGUCAGGGGGAUGGCACUUGGGACCGGCCCCUCCCACAGUGUCUUUUGGUUUCCUGCGGCCACCCUGGAUCCCCACCUUAUGCCCAGAUCUCAGGGGAUGUGUAUACAGUUGGUUCUGUAGUGCGCUACAGUUGCCUGGAAGGGCGAAGUUUGAUCGGCAAUUCCACGCGCAUGUGUCAGCUUGAUGGGCGCUGGAGCGGCUCUCUGCCUCAUUGCUCAGGGAGUAUCCAGGGAUUGUGCGGUGACCCAGGAAUCCCUUCCCAUGGCAUUCGGCAUGGUGGCAAUGACUUAGGUGUGGAGAGCACCGUCUGGUUCAGCUGUGAGCCGGGCUACAUGCUCCGAGGGUCACUGCAACGCAUUUGUCAGGCCAACGGCUCCUGGAGUGGCAUGCAGCCAGAAUGUGAAGUUAUAUCUUGCGGAAACCCAGGGACCCCCAGCAAUGCAAGAGUGGUAUCUUAUGAUGGCCUGGAAUUCUCCAAGUCCAUUGUAUACGAAUGUCGGGAGGGAUAUUACUCUACAGGUGUGCUCAGUCGGCAUUGUACUGUCAACGGAACUUGGACUGGGACUGCUCCUGAGUGUACAGUGAUAAACUGUGGGGAUCCUGGUGUACCAGCCAAUGGCAUUCGGCUGGGCAGUGAUUUCACUUACAAUAAGACUGUUGUGUUCCACUGUAUGCCCGGCUAUACCAUGGAAUCAGACAGGGCCUCUGCACUGACCUGCACAAAAGACCGGACUUGGAACAACACAAAGCCUGUCUGCAAGGCUAUCAUCUGCAAACCUCCCCAAGCUGUCCCCAAUGGCAAAGUUGUGGGUUCAGAUUUCACCUGGGGCUCCAGCGUCAGCUAUGCCUGCCUAGAUGGAUAUCAGCUUUCCCUGCCUGCUGUGCUGACUUGUGAAGGAAACGGAAGCUGGACUGGAGAAAUCCCACAGUGUUUCCCUGUUUUCUGUGGCGAUCCAGGGAUCCCAGCUCAUGGAAGGCGUGAAGAGAGGGGCUUCACCUACCGGUCCUCUGUCUCAUAUUCCUGUGUCCCCCCACUGGUGCUGGUGGGCUCCCCUAGGAGGUUCUGCCAGUCUGACGGCACCUGGAGUGGAACGCAACCCAAUUGCAUUGACGCAACUCUUACAACAUGCGUGGACCCUGGCGUGCCUCUAUUUGGAACCCAAAACAAUUCCCAAGGUUACCAGGUUGGGAGUGUCGUUUUCUUCCGGUGUCAUAAAGGAUACCUGCUGCAGGGAUCCACCACCAGAACAUGUCUCCUGAACUUAACCUGGAGCGGAGUGCAGCCCAAUUGUAUCCCUCACAACUGCAAAGAGCCAGAGAUGCCGUUCCAUGCCAAUGUGGAUGCUCUGGAUGUGCCUUCCCUGGGCUACACAUUGAUUUACUCUUGCCAGAGUGGCUUUUAUCUCACGGGAGGUUCAGAGCACAGGACCUGCAAAGCUGAUGGCAGCUGGACUGGGAAGCCACCUGUUUGCCUUGCGGAUAUCCGACCCAGCGGCAGACCGGUGGGCACUGCUCGGGACCCUCCUCUCCCAAAGAUGUCGGUUCCUGCAGAUGUCUUUGCAAAGAAUUCAUUUUGGAAAGGCUCUUACGAAUAUAUGGGCAAGAAGCAGCCGGCCAUGCUGUCUGUCACCAGCUUUGACCCAGUGACCAGUAAGGUCAAUGCCACCCUAAUAGACCACAGUGGUGUAGAAUUGCAAGUGUCAGGGAUAUACAAAAAGGACGAGAUGCACCUCCUCCUCCAGGUGUACCAGAUCAUGGGGCCAGCAGAGAUGUUAGUGAAUGAUAAAUGGGCCUUAGACGGACGUGUCACCCCUGAGUCAUCAAGUGGGACGUUUGUCUACCAGGGAUUUGUGCAUGGCAAAGGUUUUGGACAGUUCGGCCUCCAGAGGCUAGACAGCAGAACUGAGCAUGAUCCCGAGUCGAUGGGGCAUCCCUUUGCAUCCAACAGCAGUUCGGUGGCGGCUGCUAUCCUUGUGCCUUUCAUUGCCCUGAUUAUUGCAGGGUUUGUGCUGUAUCUCUACAAACACAGGAGGAGACCGAAGGUGCCGUUCAAUGGCUAUGCGGGCCACGAGAACACCAACGUCCGAGGCACGUUCGAAAACCCGAUGUAUGACCGUAACUUGCAGCCGACAGACAUCAUGGCCAAUGAGGCAGAGUUUACAGUCAGCACCGUGUGCACCGCAGUAUAGCACUUGCAAUCUCGCACACAUUCUCCAGGGACAGGAGCCUCACCAGCGCCCAGUGGUCCUUCUGGUUCAUUU